AUGUGCGACUGCGGCUGCUAUUCGUACUGUCUGCACGACACCUCCUGCUACAGCGGCCACUACCACUCGCAUUCGCACUCGCAUCACUGCUGUGCGGGCUACAAGUAUCUCAAGUGCCUCUGUCGCUACUAUCGCCAUGGGCACUGCACCUGCUCCUGCUGGCGGCGGAAAUGCUACCUGCUCUAAGAAGGAGGAAGACGCUGAAGAGGAAGCCCCCCUCCCAGGAUCAGAAUCGGGAUCAGGAUGAGGAGGCGCACACACAACACCACACAAAUCACAACUCAAACAACGUAAAUCAGCAAAGAAAUCACACGAUAAAGUCCUUUAAGCAGUUGCAUAACACUUGGCUGCAUCCAAUCGAGCAGGAGUGAAAAGUGGAAAAUGAAAAUGGCAAAUGGUAUGGGGAAAAUGGCGAAUCAGGAGGGGAGACGAGCAAACAACUAGCGUGCAUACGGGUCGUAUGUGCAACGUUUUCAGUUGUCGUGUGAGUGAGUGAGUGUGUGACUGCAGCCGUGUGCGUGUGAAAAUGGUUCAAGGAUGUGGCCAACACUGUUAUCGACUGCGUUUUGCAUUUUGCAUCUGCAAAAUCCCCAUUCACACCCCAAAAUCACACGAACACACACUUGAAACCAGUGAAGCAACUCGAAUUAGUGCGUAAGUUUUACUUCACACAAUACACACACUCGAUUAACACCCACACACACAACACAUCGUUAUCGAAUCUAAAUACAUCCAAUGUUAGAGCGUAGUGCGUAUCGAUCGACGUUCGAGAUUUUCGCCAUAUUUGUAACGUUUCCAAUCCAAAAACAAUCCAAAAAUAAAGUUUUCUCCAACACCACUAAA